UUUAAUUUUUUAUUUUUUUUUUAUAUUCUGUUUGCUUUCUCUUUAAUCUUAACUUUGCUGAGUGGAAUCUCGAUCGACAGCGACUCCAACUUUCCCUUCUGCCAAAAAUGGCGAUGACAAUUGAAGGUUAAACCGGAGAAUUUUGGCAGAAAAUAUGGGCAAAAGAGCACAACUCUGUUGGAUCAAGUUGUAAUUGUCAAGUCUCGUGAAUAAAGGAAUGGUUGUUGGAUUUGACCAAUUUAGGUUAAUUAAAGUCUAUUAGGUUUAAUUGCUUAUGACUAAGGUUGUACAAUGAGGUCAAGCACAUUGAAGCUCAUGGUCUUACACUUGCCUUGGUAUACUUAUUCUUAUCUACUAAACUUAUUUACUUGAACCAUCAUCUCUUGAAGGGAAGGUUGAGAUGCUUUGGUUCUGAAUGUCUUUAGUGAUGGUAUGAACCAUUUGAGUGAAAUCAAACUCCAGAAUUUUUGGAGAUGUAAUAUCAAGCUGUCCUUUUUUGUGCCAAAAUGGAUUUUAUAGACCUAGUGGCUGUCUUCCAGUAGAAAUUGCUUGUUAUAACCUGAUGAAAAAUUUAUUGUUGAAACAAUCCUACGGGUCUUUAUGGCUGCAUAUAGCAAUUUAAUUCCCAGAAGGAUCUUUAGGUUCUGAAUGUAAUUAGUGCUAAAAGCUUAAAUUUCUUCAAGAUGAACUUGUCUAUAUUUAAGGUCAUUUUGUUCCUUGGACUUGAUGUCCUUAAGGGCAUUGAAGUGACUAGUACUUUAUUUAAGUGGCUCUCCUUACUACCUUCUCUUAAUUGCUGUUAUGGGGUUGAUUUGCUUUCUGGUACCUCUACCAAUUGGUCUCAGGUUGAAAAGGAAACAAACAUUUUCAGGUAGUGGUUAGGGGAUGUGGGUUUUCCCCCCCUGUUUCAAGGAUUUGAUAUUAAUCUGAAAUUCUGAUUUUUCCAAAUAAAAGUGAAUCUAGGAUCAAGAAGUUGCUGGUUGCAUUCAUCCAUCCAUUGACUGAUGCAACUGUUUGAAGAGCUUAAAGCUUGUGCAUUAUACAAUAACUGGUGGCCAAUGCUUUCAGCUCUCAUGUAUGUCCUGGUGCCAAUGCCUUGUUUAUUCUUUGGAGGUGGGUCGACUCAGUUUCUAAUCAGCCGAGAUGGUGGGGGAUGGAUAGAUGCUGCCAAAUUUCUUACAGGGGCAUCUGCGAUGGGAAGCUUUGCAAUUCCCAUUAUUCUUAGGCAUGCUCACAUGAUUUCGACUGGUGCAAUGUUCAUUGAAUUUACAUCAUUCGUCAUAUUUGUCUGCACCGUCUUGUGUUUUCACCGAGCUAGCCUUGAAGACGACUGGUAACAAAUGCUCUUUGGAAUUUCUAACGUAACUUACAUACAUCCUUCAGUGGGAUCUCUGAUAGUUGAUUGCUUGUGCCAUGUAUGGUCCUUUGGCAAAGGAAAAGAAACAGAAAAGUUUCCAUUUGUCAAUCUGUCUUAUCGUGUAUCUUUGACAAAACAGUUGGUUUACCUUGUGCUUGACAUGGUUCGCUGUUAGUAUUAAAAUUCCAAAUCACAAUUUUAGAUGUCUCAACAACGUCAGGUGGGGGACAAGCUGAUGAAAUUGAAGUGAUUAAUUUGAUUUUUUUUUUUUUUUGGUUAUUUUGGUUUUAAAAGUUGGAAUGGCAAGAGUGAUGAAUCAAUUAGAUGUGUGAAUGGACAUUGAAAUUUUCCCAUUCUGAACUCAA